AUGCGAGACACUAAUCCACUUGAAUUACUAGGUAUCGAAAUCUGUCUUCUCGCUCGUCUCACUCUUGCCUCGCUCCCCAGUCCUCGCCCGUCCGUCCCUGAUCCACAUUGGCUACCUGGACCAGUAGCCGCACACGUCCUUGACCUUACAUGUGUCACCAAGGCUGUCCCCAACAGUCCAGCACCCGCCACAGCACCAGUCAUGCCUCACCCUAACCCCCUUGGGUUAAGUCACUCCAACAACCUAUUGGUCUGUGGCAUCGUCUCGUACUACGGACUGUUGCCGGUGGUGGAGGAGCCAUAUCAAGACCGACCCAAAAAGAAACUCGAGAUCCAGAAGCGAGAAGAAAAAAGCGGUUCCCACCCCUGGGCUCUGGGCGGGCCCGCACUCCGUCCCAUCAACUCCCGCCACACUAACCUCUUCCUGCAGACUCCAGAGCAAGGUUCUUUACACGGCAAGGGAAAAGAAGAAAAGAACAGGAGACCGGCAUGA